GCCAGUACCUGUGGGUGGAGUGAGUGCACCUGCGGACACCGCUCAUUCUGAGACGUUUAUGGCUUUAAUAAGGACGCACGGGCUGCUGAGACAUAUGUGCCAUGGACGCUAAGCCCCAGCUUCUGGACCUGAGCUCCAGCCACCCAGUGUCUAAAGGUCAGGUUGGAGGUCAACCAGAGAAACCUCCAUAUUCCUACGUGGCUCUCAUCACCAUGGCCAUAAAGGCGAGUCAGGGAGGAAGACAAACUGUGAGCGGCAUUUACGAUUUCAUCACCUCCAGGUUUCCUUACUAUGAGAAGAAUAAGAAAGGCUGGCAGAACAGCAUCAGACACAACCUCUCUCUGAACGACUGUUUCCUGAAGGUACGCCGAGACACCAACGCAGAGGGAAAGGGAAACUACUGGAUGAUAGACCCCGCUUUUAACGAGAUGUUUGAACCUGGAAAAUACCGGCGUCGCAGGCAGCGGGUGAGGAGACCCUGCACACCCCCGACGGUACCUUACCUGUCUAGGAACCCGGUGGAGUUUCCUAUGGAGCCUUUCUACCUGCCGCCCUGUUCUUGGACCAGCCUGUACCAGCCACUGCCCGGCUCAGGAUGCCCAACACCGCCUGUCUUCUCGGCUCACACCCACCGUACCUUCUAUCCGCCAUCACACCUCCACCACCAGACGAGUUGCCCGUACCAACAGCUGCCGGUGCUGCUGCACCACAGCGGCUGUUCCUUCAGUGGAAUGACGCAGCCGUUGAGCACCGACCACGGCGCAGUGUCCACCUAUUCAAUACAAGCAGAGUCGCAGGUUCUCCAUUCAUUUGACCAUUGAGAUUGAUAUCAACAAAUACAGCAUUAACAGCCAGUUCACAGACUGAAAGUUCACUUCUGUUCGGCUGUGCCAUUUCCUAAAUGGUUCGUAAGUUUUGGUCGGUCAACAGUUGUUAACUUGACCGUUGAUCAAGUUUUGAAAAACAAUUUUCCUGUCUUAAUAACUUUAUUUUACCACUGUAAAAAGUACGAAAUUUUGUUAAUGAAAAUGGCGCCAUCAAGUGGACUGCAAGUGUGGUUUUGACUUAAGUUUAUGUUCGUCUUUUGCAACGGCAGACUCCUUUGUUUUAUCCAUUUUGUUUACACGCACAAAUGUUCCUACGUUAUUUAUUCGGUUUUGGUUUAUCAUUGAUUUGUUAUAAAACGUUUGUGAGUGAGGAAUUUGUGUCGUUUCCUUUGAUUAAGUUGUUUCAAACGACAUACUGGUUGAUAUUAAAUGUUUAUUUUUGCACUCU